GAUAUGCAGCCUCAGUGUAUUUCGGUUGAAAGUUUCGUUAUAACGCUUGUCUUUGGAUACUUACUGGCAGCUGUCGUGGUUGUUGGAACAGUGGUUUACUAUGGAAGGAAAAACCUACAGCUGGAGGAGAAAUUAAAGAACAUUUCUGAGGAUGGUCAUGGGACGCUAUUAACCAUGUCGACGGAUAUUUCAAGCAUCAAUCCUGGGGCUGACAGCUCCAGUUCCCGGUCUGGGGCGACGGUCUCCACCACUGUGUCUGGAGCGGGCGGGUCCAGUCCUGUUCCAGAACUACAUACCGGAACAGACAACGUAUAUGAUAUGAUCGAUGAUGAGAUCGAUACUAAUGCGAUACGCGAAUCGGCAAUCUAUUUAGAGCCAGUGAACGAGUAGAAAUUGUGUCUAAUUCGAAAACGCUUUGUGUUCGUUACUUACCUGCCUGUUUGUUACUUACCUGCCUGUUUGUUACUUACCUGCCAUAAAGUCACAAUUUUUCAGAGUAAUGGACAUCAGAUGUAAGACGAAUGUUGACUUGUCAUGUAUUAAGUACGAUGUGCUAAAUGAUCAUCAAAACGGUUGAAAUUUUGAGUAGGUAACCAACACCUGAUUAUAUCUAGAUUGACAUGUUAGAACAAGAGCUGGUACACCUGAUCGUAUUGUCUUUGUUACUUUCCAAGUGUCUUAGGUAAACACAUGUAUUUCUUUUCUGUUUUAGCGUUCUGAUUGUGAUCAAUGUUGAAUGUAAAAUUUGUAUUAGAAAAGUUUGUUUGACAGCAUAGAAAUAUGAUAAGUAUAUACCCACAUUGUGUGAAUUUAUAAUGUAACGGAAUGAAAGCGUAGGCAGCUUGGGACAGUCAUGUUUAGGACGUACUGUUGGACACAUUGACUAUUUUUGUUACAGUACUAAUUAUUCAUGAAUCAAUAGUUUCAACAUUUCUCUCUUGUUUUGUUUAAUUCAUAGCAGUAUAACAUAUUGUAAAGCAAACCAAA